GUGUGUGAAGAUAUCAUGGCAUCGGUAAUUUCAGCAUCUCGAUUUACAUUCUCCAUUUCGAAUUCCUUGAGGCUCUGUUGGAACGCUAGGGUUUGGCUACCUUCUUCAAUUUGUCUCCGCUCUUGGAAUUGGAAUUCCAUUUCGUUUAGCUCGGCUUCUAUGAGUGAAUCUGGUGAAAGUAAUUCUGUUCUUCCACUGGACGACGGCGGAGCGAAGGCGGAGGAGGCCGCCGAUGUUUUGGUUCAGUACGUGGUGCUACGGAGAGAUCUGAUCGAUUCGUGGCCGCUCGGAAGUGUUGUGACUCAGGGAUGCCAUGCUUCAGUCUCCGCCAUUUGGUUGAAUAAAGACGAUCCUCACACUUCGGAGUACUGUAGUCCCCAAAAUAUCGAUUCUAUGCACAAGGUUACUCUCGAGGUGAAGGGAGAAACCCAGAUCGUUAACUUAUCAGAGAAACUUAAAGCAAAUUCAAUCGUCCAUAAACUGUGGGUAGAACAGCCAGAGAACAUUCCAACAUGUCUUGCCUCAAAGCCCUACCCCAAAUCAGUUGUAUCACCAUUUUUUAAAAAGCUGAAACUCUGUAAGUGAUGGAGUAUUAAAUUUUAAGGAUUGAUGGGCAAUAAUUUCCUUUUCAACGACCCUCCCCUACCCAAAAAAGUGAGAGAGAAGAACGGCUUUCGUGAAUUCGACGUUAAAAGGGCUGCUGAUUAUUUUUAUGCACCUCUUCUAGUUCAUGUUAAACUCUGAAUAAUUCAUUCUACGUUUUGAAUCCAGAACUGCAAUCUAUUUCUAUAGAGAUCAUGCAGCAUACACAGUAGUUCGUAAUCAUAAAAGAGACGUGGAGAAAGGUCAAAAUUCUCUAGCAAUCUCAAGGUGAUCAGUUCUAAGUUCUUUGCUGAAUUCGGGCAUUGGAUCCGGAAGAUAAGGGUCGAGUUCGCACUCGAUCUUCUUCAACUCCUCGUCAUUCAUGCCGAGAACGAAUGAAGGACUCGGAUCAACAUGUUCGACAGAAUUCUUAGUCUUGUGAACCAUUUCCGCUGAAGCAGCAUUGCUAGAUUCUCUCUUCAAGCUUUUCUUUACAUUACUACUACUUCUCAAACUCUGAACUUGUUGAGUCUGUAGCUUCCCUCCUCCCCCUUUGGUGUUUCUGGAACCUGAUCUCUCCAACAAACCAACCUUUGCACAACUGAUAGCCGCGGUGGUGGAUUUCGCCCCAAAAGAGGACGAUCGGAUUGGAAAGUUACUCACCCUAUUCCUCGGUCCAGGCGAUCGAAAUGGCUUAUCCAAACGCGGUGCAGUCGAAGGCGGUUUGUCGAAAGAUCUUCUUCUAUUCAAACCCGCCUUGCUCUCAGGUAUCGGAGCAGGCACUGCAGACUUCUUGGUUGAUUUGAAGCUGCUAUGUUCAUGGCGGGAGCUGGCCGUGGACUUGAGAUAGUUCGGAACAUGUUUCUCGGCGAGCGUCGAAAGAUGAGUGGCGGAGGAAGACGAAAAAGAAGACGAAAACGAUAAUUUGUGAUCAGUUGAGUGUCCUCUGGGAGAUGAUUUUGGUGUUCUCUUGGUUGAAGUAUUAGGAAUAGUGAGAGAACUUGGAGCUGUGAUCUUCCUCUCCUUCCCCAAACCGCUGCUUUCCUUUGCUUUAUUUGUUGCCAUUCAGCUCCUUUCCUUUGAGCAUUCAAUCAUUACCUAUAUUGAACGGAUAUUCGAA